UCAAGUUUCUCUUCCUUGUUUUAAGAGAGGUAUAAAAGGAAAGCUCGCUCCUGGUAGUGUUGGUAAAGAGUGUACUUGUUUGACAGAAAGCCUCCUACAGAGAAACGGACAUAUGGAGGAAAAUGGUGAAAAUGCCCCCCUGGCCAGGGCAGGCAGUGCUGAACCUCUGGUUAGGGCGGAAACAUCCGGACGGAGCGCUAAUCGCUAUGCCCUGAAAGUGGCAGGCCUGACAACACUGGGAUGCCUGCUGGUGGCCAGUCAGGUGUUUGUGGGCUUCAUGGUGUUUAACCAAAAACAGCAGAUCCGCACACUGCAGAAGGACUCUGACCAAAUGCUCAGGCAGCUACAUGCAGCUCAAGUGGCGCCAGUAAAACUGCGAGAUCCAAUGAAUGUCUUCCCGUUAAUGCAUCCGUUUGCUGAUUUCGGGAAAGUGGUGACCAAAGCACCCGUGAAACAAAAAGAGAAGAAGAUGGAUUCUGUUGGUGUGGAUGAGAUGAUCGGUCUAAUGGAGGAGAACUUUGAGCUGCCCAAGUUUAAUGAUAAUAUCUUGGGCAACCUGCAAAGUCUGAAGAAGCAGUUGAACCACAGCAGCUGGGAGAGUUUUGAGUCUUGGCUUCGCAACUGGAUCAUCUUUAACAUGUCCCAGAAUCCACCUACAACCCCUACAGCUUCUUCCAUUAAAACCAAGUGCCAAAUGAACGCAGAAGUCCAUAGCAGCCGAGUGGGUUCUUUCCAUCCUGUGUGCGACGCUGAGGGGCUUUACAAAGCCACUCAGUGCUGGCCCGCUGUCGGCGUCUGCUGGUGCGUGGAUGUGGACAGUGGCGCUGCCAUCGAGGGCACCGCCACCACCCAGGGCCGCCCUGACUGUCAAUGAUGGACGAUUUCGGGGCGUAGGUUUGGUCUCAACAUUGGUAGGGACGAUAUAACAGCAUAACCUGCAUAUACACUUUUUGCUGGAGACGGGACAUCACGGGGGUCAGGGCUAUAUUUCUCACCAAUAUGAAUCGAAUAAAUUCAUAGCCUUAAAUGAUCAAUGCAAAAUAAAUCUGUAUUGACUUAUACUAACUUUCAAGUGUAUUUGUUCAGGUGAUACACCCUCCGAUUCAAACCUCUCUUUUCAAAAACUAAGAAACAUUUUGAAAACUUGCAGAAUAAAUGUUACGAGAAAAUUUAAAUUGCAAUAUUUGAACACACAUAUUAUUAACAUACACACAAGAAAUACAAACUUGUUAAUCAUCAAUUAAAUAUCUAUUAGGGGGCAAUGCUUAGCUAGUUAACUACAUUUCUUACAGUUUAAUUAACAGUAGAAAACAAACAGGAGGAUAUUUCUCAUAACUCAGCUUCCUCGAGUUCGAGAAAUUCAUGUUAUGCUAACGCUGAUGCAGGUCGGACUUUCAGUAGCAAAAUUAGUGGUGUGUUCCCCACCUCCACAACAUUGACGUCUUUUACAUUACUUACAGUGGCUGCUGCUGGCGGGGGAAAAACGAAUAUCCCUACAUUUUUGUCGGGCUGUGAAUCCGUGUGUGUAGGGUAGGGGUGUGCCAUCUUAGGCACCCCACGAUUCGAUUUUUGAACAAUGAUCACGGUAUUGACGAUGAUCACGGUUAUCGCGAUUAUCACGAUUAUCGAUGCAUCGUACAUUAUUGAUUAAUAAAGUAGCCAAACAAAUUUAUGUCCAGUAUUUUUUU